CAGGGCGCCACCUUCCUAUUUCUUCCUGGCCGCAGCCUUGCCCUCACAGUUCAGCACUUGUUUGCCUGAAGUUAAUUUCCAGAAGCAGUGCUGCCCUGUCCUCUGCAGGAGUCCCCGGAGCUGGGCAGGGGGAUGAACCGUGAGGGAGCACCCGGGAAGAGUCCGGAGGAGAUGUACAUUCAGCAGAAAGUCCGCGUGCUGCUCAUGCUGAGGAAGAUGGGGUCAAACCUAACGGCCAGUGAGGAGGAGUUCCUGCGCACCUACGCCGGGGUGGUCAGCAGCCAGCUCAGCCAACUGCCUCAGCACUCUAUCGACCAGGGUGCAGAGGAUGUGGUGAUGGCGUUUUCCAGGUCGGAGACAGAGGACCGGAGGCAGUAGCUCCAAGCCCAUUGGAACACCCUGGAGGCUGUCAAGGGCCAAAAGAUCUAUGUGGCUCCUUGGCUGACUGAGUGGCAACAGACCACCUUCCCCCUUCCUGUGUUCCCCACCCCAGAUCCCCUGCCCCACAGCCACUCAGUGGGGCUGGCAUCAAGGGAGAUGCUGGUGAUGCAUUUAGGAUUGGCUUAAAGGGAUGGACUCAUGAUUGGCUGCAAGAAGAAACCUUUUUAUUUUUAAAUCUUGACCAACGGAAACCUUUUAUUUUUAUUUCUGACUCUUUAUUUAAAAAAAAAAUGCGCCUCGGUAUCUGGCUUCCCAGGAAGUGCUCCGAGCUCUGGUGCUUUAUUUAGGUCAUUUUUUAGGAAUGUGAAGAGGCCCGAUUGGCUGUUUUAACUGGAAAAGGAAUAUGAUUGGCUGGCUAGUGGGACACGGUCUUUUCUUUGAUUGGCUGCAGGUGUUCUGCUGAUAUCAACAGCUUCUCUAUUCUGAAUGCAGAAAACAGGGUUUGGGACUUGGUGGUUAUAUUUGACUUGAAAGAAGAAAAAAAAAAAAGAGAGAAACCAAAUGAGCUUUGCAAUAUUUAUUACGCAAAGAGCUUGCUGCUGCCUUCA